GCGCUCCAGACUACCAAACCACUGCCCCCUUUCCACAGAUUUACACGAUCGCCUCUAUCAGACCUAUUCAGAAGGAGCCUUAAAUUGCCUUUAAAGCGGUGCCUGCCUAUACAGACAAGUAUGUAUCCGUUUGGAGGGAUAUCUGCAACCAUACAGGCCAACAGGCUGCGGGCAGAAGGCAUGGGCUCCAAGGAUCAGGCUGUGAAAUUCUCCAACCAGGACUACGAGGCACUGAAGCAGGAAUGUGUGGAGUCGGGCUGCCUGUUUGAAGACCCCUGUUUCCCUGCUGAGCCUCCAUCCCUGGGCUUCAAGGAGCUUGCCCCUUAUUCCUCCAAAACUAGGGAUGUGGAGUGGAAAAGGCCCACGGAACUGACAGACGACCCUCAGUUCAUUGUGGACGGUGCCACCAGGACGGACAUCUGUCAGGGAGCGCUGGGUGACUGCUGGCUCUUAGCAGCCAUCGGCUCUCUCACCCUGAAUGAGAAGCUUCUUCAUCGUGUUGUCCCACAUGGGCAGUCCUUCCAAGACGACUACGCUGGAAUCUUCCACUUUCAGUUCUGGCAGUUCGGCGAGUGGGUGGAUGUUGUGAUAGAUGACAGACUGCCUGUCAAGGAUGGGGAGCUUAUGUUUGUCCAUUCUGCAGAGGGCAAUGAAUUCUGGAGUGCACUGUUGGAGAAGGCGUAUGCCAAGCUGAAUGGCUCCUAUGAGGCUCUGUCAGGAGGAAGCACCACUGAAGGGUUUGAGGACUUCACAGGAGGUGUGUCUGAGAUGUACGAGCUCCGCAGUGCUCCCAGAGAUCUGUACAGGAUAAUUGCAAAAGCCUUGGAGAGAGGCUCUCUGCUGGGCUGCUCCAUUGAUAUCACCAGUGCCUUCGACAUGGAGGCUGUUACAUUCAAGAAGCUUGUGAAGGGCCACGCCUACUCAGUUACUGGACUGAAGGAGGUUGAUUUCCGCGGCAACAUGGAACGCCUGAUCCGAAUACGCAACCCUUGGGGUCAGGUGGAGUGGACUGGAGCCUGGAGUGACAAUUCUCCUGAAUGGGAUGAGAUUGACCCUUCAGAACGGGAAGACCUGCAUCUGAAGAUGGAAGAUGGCGAGUUUUGGAUGUCCUUCAGUGAAUUCAAGAGGCAGUUUUCCCGGUUAGAGAUCUGUAACUUGACUCCUGAUGCUCUGAGUGAUGAUAGUCUCAGCCACUGGAACACCAUCAAGUUUUACGGCACGUGGAGGAGAGGCAGCACCGCUGGAGGCUGCAGGAACCAUCCCAACACAUUCUGGAUCAACCCUCAGUACAAGAUCACAUUGCUGGAGGAGGAUGACGACCCAGAGGACGAUGAGGUGGCGUGCAGUUUUUUAGUAGCUCUCAUGCAGAAGGACCGCCGCAGAUAUAGGCGCCAUGGUCAGGACAUGCACACCAUUGGCUUUGCUCUCUAUGAGAUCCCAGAAGAGUACAGAGGCUGCCAGAAUGUCCAUUUGAAGAAAAACUUCUUUUUGUCACAUUCAUCGUGCGCUCGCUCAGAGACCUUCAUCAACCUGAGAGAGGUGAGCACACGGCUCCGUCUGCCGCCUGGAGAGUACCUCAUCGUCCCCUCCACCUUUGAGCCCAGCAAGGAGGCUGACUUUGUCCUCAGAGUCUUUACUGAGAAGCAAUCAGAAACAGAAGAACUGGAUGAUGAAAUCUCUGCUGAUUUAGAUGAUGAGGAUGAAAUAACCGAAGACGACAUUGACGACUCUUUCAAGUCCAUGUUCGCUCAGCUAGCAGGAGAGGACAUGGAGAUUUCUAUUCACGAGCUGAAGACCAUUCUAAACAGAGUCAUCUCCCGCCACAAAGAUCUGAAGACAGAUGGCUUCAGUACAGACUCAUGCAGGACCAUGGUCAACCUGAUGGACAAAGAUGGGAGUGCACGUUUAGGGCUGGUGGAGUUUCAGAUCCUCUGGAAUAAGAUCAGAAAGUGGCUGGUCAUUUUUAGAGAUUUUGACCUCGACAAGUCAGGAGCAAUGAGCUCAUAUGAGAUGCGUCUCGCUGUGGAGGCAGCAGGUUUUAAACUGAAUAACAGACUGAACCAGAUUCUGGUAGCGCGGUAUGCAGAGGAUGAGAUGGUUGACUUCGACAACUUCAUAUGCUGCUUGGUCAAGCUCGAAGCCAUGUUCAGGUCUUUCAAGCAGCUCGACAAGGAGGGAUCAGGAGAGGCUGAGAUGAAUGUAACAGAGUGGCUUUACCUGACAAUGUGUGGUUGAAGAGGGCAUAUUUGUUGGAGCGAGGUGUAGAGCAAAGGUGUAGUGCCUGCAGAGUGCCACGAACCCGGAGAACUGAAGACCCCUCGGCCUUAGCCACCCAAUGAUCCUUUUACACAUCCCACCUCAGCGUACAUAAAGUAGUCAAAUAACCGUCUAAACGGGAAACCAAAGUCCAAUCAAGCCAAGUGUCUCCCUGUCGAAUUUUAGAAACUAUGCAAACCUACAUUAUGAAGCAGUCACUGUGCCACUUAGAUGUGUCGUCUCUGUUAAAACAGCAUGAGUCUGAGCAUGACAAAAAUCACUAGCUUGUAAUGUGGAUUGUAGGUUUAGUUUAGUUUUGCUGUUUGUAUUAAUGUCAGCUGAUUUGCUAAGUGUCACUGCUCAUAUUAUUUCAAAAUCUCAGUAAAAGUUGUUUUGCUAAGGAACACAAAAGAAAUCUGAAUUAGUCUGUUACUGUUAAUGCAUUAAAAGGUGAAGUCUUAUAGUUUCUCUUAAUCAUUCUGCAAUCGUUUCUUUUUUAAUUGCCUGAGAACAAAAGGAUAUUUAACAGGAAAUGAUCACCUCAGUGUCGUUUCAUUCUUGCACCAGUAGAUGGCAGUACAGACUUGAUGUAAUGUCAAUGAUUUUUUUUUUUUUUAAUGUUUUGGUAUUUGAUACAAGCCUGUUUAUAUAUUACGUUAAUCUUUUUCUUUAAUUGAAGUCAAGCAACUGAAUUUUUAGUUUUACUAAUUUUUUUCACUUUGCACUGAGAUUUUAGAGAAUCUGCUACUGAAGUUGCCUCACAAUGGUGAGAAAUACUGUAUUUCAGUCUACUCAAGUGACAUUUACAGGGAUCACGAUACUAAAUGCCUUCACACAUGACACCACAAUGUUAAACAGCUAUUACAAAUAUGCCAGUCAUGUGUUUUGUGUUGUGAAUGUAUGUUGUGCCUUCAAUAAAUAUUUCCCUCAUGA